AUGCAAACCCCUUCCUUGCUAACGAUUGCUCCAACAAAAGGUGGAUGGGUCAAAAUGAGUGGAUGUUUGGCUGCCAAAUCAAAGAGCAAAACCCAUAGGUAUGAAGAACCGAACAAACCCCUCAAUAGAUUCAAGAAAUUACAGGACAAAAGGGCAUACCUUGUGUUUGUACCAUAUCUGACCGCCCACUCAUGUCAUGACACGUGGAACACCCUCAAAGCCGACACCAGCUCAACUGGGCCAUACCGAAUGUUUGUUCGAUACGCUGUACCAAUUCACAGGGUCGAUUAUGCGCCAUCAGUCCCUUCGCUAACCUUUGGCAUGGUCUGCCGAGCAACCAACCAUCACGUCAAUCCAAUUCUAUCAUAUUACCUCAGAACUUCUGCCGGAACCUGUCAGAGCACGUGUCAAUCUCCGAAGACACUCCCACGAGUCGCACAUCGAAACUAA